AGCGAGUGAGAGACUGAGACAGAUACAGAGCCACAAAGAGAGACGAGCAGAAACACAGGGAGUGAGAGCCAGCUUUGCUGGGGUUAGGAUCUUGGUGGUUCAAGCUGAGGCCCCAAGAUGAGUGGAUCGGAGGUGGAGCAGCACAUCGCGGGCAAAUAUCACAUCAAGAAGCGACUCGGAAAAGGGGCCUAUGGAAUUGUGUGGAAAGCAAUCGAUCGCAACACAGGGGAAGUUGUGGCACUAAAGAAAAUAUUUGAUGCCUUUAGAAACCGCACAGACGCUCAGAGAACAUUCCGUGAAAUAAUGUUCCUUCAGGAAUUCGGGGACCAUCCCAAUAUAAUAAAACUGAAGAACGUCAUUCGAGCCCAGAAUGAUAAGGACAUCUACCUCGUCUUUGAGUACAUGGUGACGGAUUUGCAUGCAGUGAUAAAGAAAGGCAAUCUGCUAAAGGACAUUCACAUGCGAUACAUCAUAUAUCAGCUGCUGAAAGCCAGCAAAUACAUCCACUCAGGAAAUGUGAUCCACCGGGACCAGAAGCCCUCGAACAUCCUGCUGGACACAGAUUGCUUUGUGAAGCUCUGUGACUUUGGGCUCUCGCGGUCCAUCAAUCAGAUCCAGGAGGAGCCAGGAAACCCGGCCCUGACAGAAUAUGUUGCUACUCGCUGGUACCGAGCACCAGAAAUCCUCCUGGCCUCCCCCAGGUACACUAAAGGAGUGGACAUGUGGAGCGUUGGCUGUAUUUUAGCAGAGAUGCUGAUCGGAAGUCCGUUGUUCCCAGGAACCUCGUCUAUCAAUCAGAUUGAAAGGGUCAUGAGGGUGAUUCCAGCACCCUCCACCGAAGACGUCCUGUCAAUUAACUCUGACUAUGGCUGUUCUGUCGUACAGAAGAUCUUGUCCGGAACCAGAUCCACGCUGGACGAGCUUUUACCAAAGACAACGCCACCUGAUGCUCUUGACUUGCUGAAGAAACUUCUGGUGUUUAAUCCGGAGAAACGUCUGACCUCCGAGGAGGCCUUGGAACAUCCCUACGUCAGCAAAUUUCAUAACCCAGCAAAGGAGCCAGCACUGACCCGGGACGUGCUUCUCCCUGUGGACGAUGACACACAACUGUCCGUGGCCGAAUAUCGGAACAAGCUCUAUGAGAUGAUCCUGCAGAGGAAAACAUUUCUCCGUCGCCGGAGACAUGUGAUGUACAAACAGCCCAGCCUGGAGUUGGCUGGCAGAGACGUGGAGCACAAAGACUCAAAGCCUGUUCUUCCCAGGUCCACAACAGCACCAGCAGCAGUGUCAGCUGCCACAGAGCCUGUUCCAGAGCCGGAGAAACCUCCACAAUCCAAUGGAGCCUCAUAUAACCCCAUCACACACAGUGUGUCCACGUACACAGGCUUCCAAAACGAUCCGGUUAGUGGAAAGCUAACACACAGCCUCUCAGGUCCCUAUCAGCAGAGAAGUUCAUCGGGAAACCGGAGAGCGACUCAGCGCCCCCUGCACCAUGGGACCGCCGAUUUGCCCAGUGCACUCAAUGGCAACACGGUGGCAGACCAGCGUGGCAGCCAGGUGGGUGCUGCUGGCAGAACCCACCAGUACAAAUCAAUGGUGAGCAACAUACUAACGCGCAAAGCAAGCACAGAACAGGGAAUGGGGAUGAGAGCAGCAGUGACAAGUGCGCAGCUGAACUCAAGGCCACAGCCCCAACACAGGGAAAGCCGUCCCAUCAGGAAGAUGUUUCAAACCACUUCGAACAUGGCCGGAGCCGGAGAUCCCAAAGCCACGUGGGGCAGCUACUCGCAGGCUUACGGGAUCAUCAGUAAAACAGGCCUGGAGAAUCUGCGAAAUCUUCACAUACAAAGCAACCCAUAGACCCUCCCUCCAUUUGUGUGACUGCUGAUCCAAGCAACAGCCAACAGACACACCGAAAACAAGCAACUUUUGGAACAAAUGGAGAGACCUCCUUUGGUGAAACGGUUGGAAAGGGUUCAAUCGCCACGUCCAUCUCUUUGAAUCCAAGUACAUUCAGACCUUUAAAGUCAAACCUCAAUCCUUCACAUCAACGUGAUGGUAAAUGUCUCUUAUUCCCACCAGAUGAGCAUCAACUCGGAACCCAUGUGUGCAAAGAUGGGUGUCUCUGACCACAACUUUACAGAGAAGAGAGUAUGAAGGAGUUUUGUUUUAAUUUGUACAUAACACAGAGAUGAAUGAAAUGAUUUUUUUAAAAAACAGCUUAUUCCUGCACAAGAUUAAGUUACUGGAAAGGAAUGGCAGACGUGAUUUCCAGACUGAACUCGUACCUUCAUCUCACAAAUUGUCUCAUUCAGCCCUUAAGACAAAGUUCUAAGUUAUCUUCUCAGAGUGGGGAAUAAAGAACCAAGAUUCCCACUUAGCCUGACCACUAACUUGCAGACUAAGAGGAGCUCACAAGCUACAGACUUAUGUACACAUUGAUUAUGAAUGGAUCCUAUAUAUUCUCAGCCCAUUUGCACCUCCCACAUUCAGCAGUGACAUAACAGUGUCACUGUUCAUUCAACAACUUCUUCAUUUAUGUAGCACCCCUCACGCAGGUUAGCCUCCCAGAGCAUUUUAUUAUUCAGCGGGUGAGGAUUGCUCGCUGUUUGACCUGUCGCCUUUAAUCGCCCCAAAUCACUUGCCAACACAUCAUUGAACUUUGAGGCAAAAUGCAGGCAUUCCUUUCAUUUAUUUCUGUAACCAAUCCACUGCCAUCACCAACAGGACUGUUGGUGUACUGAACGUUAUGGGUAAUUCUUAAAAGGUUCAGCUUUGUUUACCUCCUGAUAUUGUUGGUCUAAUGUGGGAUCAGUAAAUGAUGCAGGAAUACUUUAUCUGAAUAUUUUUUUCAUUGAUUGCAAAGUAUCCUGUGAAAUAUUAAUAUGGAGCACUCAUUAUUCACAAGACCGCCAUGGCAGAUAUGGGAACAGUGCAGAUAAUAGGUCGUCAUCACACAAAAAUGGGAAUUGAUUAGAAUAUUGAUCAAAAACUUCCAUUUGGCGCUAUACAGUCAGUUAACUUUACAGUAUAUUCUGUGAAGUGCUUUGAGAUAUCU